UCUGUCUGUCUCUCUCUGUUUCUCUGCAAAAAGUAAGCGAAAGUGAUCGAGCGAGAGUAUUGAGUUCAACGAUUGAGCCAUUGAUUUUCUCUGCAACGAUUGAGCGAGUGAUUUUCUGGGUUCUCUCUCUGUAACGACUGUGUGAAAUUUUGGGUUCUUAAAUCAAGAAUGGCGUCGUCUGUCAUAAAGCGCAGACAAUUGGAGGAUGGUUUUGGUUCCUUUGAGUUUCAGUUUCAGACCCAGAAGAGGAUAAGGUCUUCUAGGGUUUCUGAGACCCAACGGAAUGUAGCCGUUGAGGAAAAGUCGACUGUUGGUCUUCCUCUGCGCAAGGGUUUGGCUUCGUCUGGUACAAAAAAUGCCGACCCAGAAUCAGAAGAGUGGGGUUUCGAUGAAAUCUGUCAGACCCAGAAGAGGAAGAGGUCUUCUAGAGUUUCUGAGACCCAACGAAAUGUAGCCGUUGUGGAAAAGUCGACUGUUGGUCUUCCUCUGUGCAAGGGUUUGGCUUCGUCUGCUACAAAAAAUGCCAACCCAGAAUCAGAAGAGGGUUUUGAUGAAAUCUGUCAAACCCAGAAGAGGAAGAGGUCUUCUAGGGUUUCUGAGACCCAACGGAAGGAAAAGCCGACUGUUGGUCUUCCUCUGCGCCAAGUCAAAGGUUUGGCUUCGUCUGCUUCAAAAGAGACGUUGGAUUGUUCUAAAGUCUUGGAUUCUCUGAUGAACCUCGGCCAUGCGGGCUACUUCAACAAGCCUGUUGUUGAUCCUGUGGCUGAGAAUUUGCCGGGUUAUUUCGACGAAAUCUGGAGGCCGAUGGAUUUGGGUACUGUGAAAUCGAAAUUGGAUAGGGGUGUCUACUCCAGCGCUGAUGGCUUUGCUGCUGAUGUCAGGCUUAUCUUCUCAAAUGCUUUCAGAUAUUUCCCCCUUGGUAGUAGAAAUCGUGCAGCAGCGAAGCAUCUCAGUGGGGUUUUUGAGACCCAAUGGAAAGAAGCGGAGGAGAAAAUGUCAAAGACCGCUUGUCCUCCUCCUACUCCUCCUCUGCCCAAACGGAGACCAAAUGGCAAGAGCUCUUCUGCUUGUAGGGUUCUUAUACAAAGUCAAGGGGUUGUUGGGGUUUCUGAUUCUCACUCAGUUAAGUCAACCAAAGAUGACGACUUGGGCACCCUUGUUCAUCAAGCCAUGUAUCAGGCCACAGACAAUACCCUUGUUCAUCAAGCCAUGUAUCAGGCCACAGACAAUCUUUCUCCAUGUAAGGCUAGGCGAAUUCAGUCGCUCAAGAUGCGAUUUUCAGGUACAAUACGAAAAGCAAACAAGAUACUUAAGGGUCUACCUGAUUCUCCACCAAGGAGAAAAUUGAUGCAUCGGAUGGAUCAAAGGGAAUUGGCUCGCCGUGCCGUUUUGAACAUGGAGAAGUCAGUCCAAUUUGAGGACCCUUUAAAGGAUCUCAAACAACUUGAGAUUCUGUGUGGCUGUGGCAGUGAAAAGGUCUACCUUGGAUUGCCCCUUAAGCAUUUGGGUUUAUACCUCAAAGAAGAUGACGAGUUACAGGGUCAGGACGAGGAGGCUUUUCUUAAUGGAGAUCGGGAGGAAGGCGAGAUCUGCUGGCAGGAAAGCGAUUGGGAGGAAGAUUUGGAAUAUAACCCACUGCUCGACAAGAUAGAUGACUAAGAAUCUUGGUAUUAUGGAAUCUCUUUUUUGUAUGAUUGCUAUUUGAUGGCUAAUGCAACUGAGAGCGAAUGGUUUGGGCACCAGGGACAAAAGUAUGGAAGUUUGCAAUAAAACUGAAAUCAAAUUACACGGAAGCUUAUCAAGAACUUGGAGACAAUCUCCCAUCUUCGCAGGUGCAUCAGCAGCAGCCUUUCUUUCCCUAUGAACAUAAACCAUAGAGCAAUUCCAAACUCCUGCUAAUCAGGUUUCUGCAUCUUUAAGUUUGUUUUGAUUUAUUAAAGGAAUGAAAUGAUGAAUAAGUGUUUCGCAUCUGUACAAAUAAAAUGAUUUCUUGUAUAAGCUGUUCGGUUGAAAAGGUUGUUGCUAUGGAGUGUGCCCCACUCGUCUAAUCCCAACAUUGGCAUUUGCUUCAGUAACCCUGAUAAUCAGUUUGCAGUUUGCACUGCUGUUGGAGUUGUGUUGCCUUCAUCAUCCCUUCAAUAAGGGUUAUAUCAUGGCUAUUUCAGUUUCCAGUUUGCAUUGCUGUUGGAGUUGUGUUGCCUUCAUCGUCGCUUCAAUAAGGGUUAUAUCAUGGCUAUUUCAGGUGCAAUGAUGUUUGAGAUCCAAGGUAUUCUUUUUCUAUUUUUUUUGCUUUUUCAUGGUUUCAAUAUUGGUCUUAGUAAAAUAAAAGAAUUGACAUAUGGGCAGAAAUUGUGGGGAUAAAUGGACAUCAUAAGAAAAGCAACAAAGAUAAUAGAUUUACCUAUUCCAUUGUCUAAUUGAGAAUCAAUUACACUAGAUUUAAUCCUGUUUUUCUUUUGGGUUUUGGUCAAGAUCUGGUUGCAUAAGGUUGGCCGUUGUCAAACCUGCAAGUCCAAAUCAAAUUUUGCUAAUAGCAGAGUCAAAUAGCAUGGUACUGAGACAUUGUGCAUUGGAGAUUUUUCUGUUAUCUGUUUUCUGCACUUACCUUACCCCAUACUAAUAUGAUUUUCAUGGGAUUAUGUGCACUAUAUGAGAUCUGGAGGUAAUUGUGAGUACGUAUUAUACGAUCCGAAUGACACAAAAACAGUUUAUGAUUUGAGUUGCAGUAUUUAGUUCUCUACUAGCUAAUCGUUACAUUAUUAGUGGACCAUGAAUGGUCAGGUCUCUUCAAUUAUAUGGGGAAUAUAAUGCCCUCAUUCAAGUUUAUUAAGUAUUGUAUUGUUUCACAUGUUCUGAAUAUUUACGUACAUUUAACCUUUAACUAAAGGAAAACCUUGGUGCAGUAUCAUCAAACCCUUAGUGAAAAUGUCCAUUAGUGCCAUUCACAUAUUUCUUUGUGAUGUUUCUGUUUCUUGACGGUUCUUCAGCGAAAUUGAAGCAUUUCUCAUAAUAUGCCCCUCUUGUGCUCUCUUUGCAUAAAUAAUGUCAUAAUAUGAUGAAAACUAUGGGGUGCAUGCCCCCCCACGUCAGAUCGCAGCAUUGACAUUUGCUUCAGUAACCCUGAUGAUCAGGUACCCAAUCUUCAUUUCUCCUCUAAAUUUAUGAAAUAACCCAGUUAGUCUUUUCUUUGUUGCCGUUGUGCCUUAGAUUUCUCUCCCAUUUUAUUGAUUUUUUCCCUGACUUCUCAUUUAUGGUAUUGCCACUAUGGUUUUGUUUUAAAGACGAAUGACAUUUGAUACAACAAUUUACAGAGCUGUUACCUUCAGGAAAUCUAUGCUACCAAUUUGUCUUUGUUGGUUUCAUCUUGUCAGGUGUUUGAGCCUUGUUUAGGAAAUCUGUGGUAAAUAAAAUUUGUGUUUGUUUG